AUAAACAUCGAUUUUGGUUCCAGCGCUAUCUAAUAGCAACAAUUGCCAGCGAAAAUAAAAAUUAAUUCGGCGCAUUAAAAAGAGUUUCAGGUCCAUCACCUAAUUAGCCGAAAAGUAGGACAAGUGCAAGAAAAACUGAAGUUCAGAUAAUAUCGCUUGUCACCUGCGUCCGUGCGUGUGCGUGUGUGUGUGCGAGUGUGAGUGUGCGCGUGUGUUUCUGCUUUGUUCUGCGAGCGUUUCGUUUCGUUUUUCGAAAUGGCAAAGAAAACCUACGAUUUGCUCUUCAAACUGUUGCUGAUCGGCGAUUCGGGAGUGGGAAAAACGUGCAUAUUAUUCCGAUUCUCGGAUGAUGCCUUCACGUCCACGUUUAUAUCGACCAUAGGCAUCGACUUCAAAAUCAAAACAGUAGAGCUGCGCGGCAAGAAGAUCAAGCUGCAAAUAUGGGACACCGCCGGCCAGGAGCGGUUCCACACGAUAACCACCUCGUAUUAUCGGGGGGCCAUGGGCAUAAUGUUGGUCUAUGACAUAACGAACGAGAAGAGUUUCGAGAAUAUAGUCAAAUGGUUGCGGAAUAUCGACGAGCACGCCAACGAGGACGUGGAGAAGAUGAUCCUGGGCAACAAGUGCGACAUGACGGACAAGCGGGUGGUGAACAAGGAGCGGGGCGAAGCGAUUGCCCGUGAACACGGCAUUCGAUUUAUGGAAACAUCCGCCAAGUCGAACAUAAACAUCGAGCGGGCAUUCUGCGAGCUGGCCGAGGCCAUUCUGGACAAGACAUCGGGGCGCGAGUCGGCGGAGAAUCCGGAGCGCGUGAUCAUCGAUCGCCGGAACAACGAGAAGGCGCCGGGCUACAGCAAGUGCUGCGCGUAAAACGGCGCAAAGGGCGAACGGGGCGUGGUUUUUUUUGGCCCGGUUUGUUUGUGCUUAGCUGUGCGUGGGGAAGGCGAAGGAUGGAAUUGGAUUGGAUUUCGGAUUGAAUUGAAUUUUAAUGGAAUGGAAAUGGAAUGGAAACGGAUUGGAAUGCGGUGGGGAUCGGUUUUUGAAACUGCUCCGCACAAACGAAGGGAAACAAAGCAAUAAACCCGGGGUCAAUCGCACGGAGGACACUUACUUAUUACGAGGAUACGCAGAUGGAACAAGCAACAGAAACAACCUACCUAAAGUUUAACAACAGAUAUUGUAAUACGAACAUUUGGAAGCAACUUUACAAAAACAGCCCGAACGAUGGUGGUCAUUAAAAGUGGAUUAAAAGUGGGCAACGUUAGUUAACGCACACUCGUCACACUCGGCACCUGGACACAGCUCCAUUUGAAGGGGCAAACACACAUGCAUUUCGGGCCGACUUGUUCAGCUAGCUAACGUGGACAGGAGAUAGAAGAUCGGUUCCAGGAACUGUCCCAGCCACAUGACACGAUGAGGAUAAAGAUAAUGAUAAAGAUAAAGAUAUAGAUAACAAAGACGCAGACGUAAGCAACUUUUGUAACGUAACUUUUGAUAUAUAUAUAAUAGUCUUACGAUUCCUGUACUCAGCCGUACGUUCGUUCGUCCGUUCGUUCGUCAGUUCGCCAUCGCUCGCACUCCCCUGCCGCCCCACUUAGUGUUUUGUUUGUUUUGUUUUGUUUUGCGUUUCAGCCUAGAUAUAAAUAACACCUAUACAUAUUAUACAUCGGAUAGUAUAUAGCAUAUACCUAGCUUGCUUUCGCUUUGUUUAUCGAUGCUAAGCCAGCCGCCCCUCCACUCAUCAAGCCAGAGUCACAGUUUGAGCUGUUCCGAAAUUGUUUUCUGAUUAUUGCCUAUAUAUAUAUAUAUUUAUAUAUAUAUAUAAUUAUAAACUAUAAUAUUGCAUCGUUUUUAUGUGCAUUUGCGCCCGCACACCCAGUAUAUAUAUAUAUAUGUGUGUACACUUAAGGGGCGUGGGUGUGCAGCGCGUGUAUAUCUCCAUGUAUGUAUGUAUGUAAGGACAAUGCACGCCACGCCAUGUAGCAUCCGCAUCCGCAUCCGGAUCCGCAAGGGAGGUGCGCCCAGACCCAACGCACCAUCGUGCGCUCGCUCGCUCGCUCGCCUCCUGUCUCCUUGUAAUUUUAUUCAACAAUUUUUUUUGUUCGUGUAAACCUAUUAUUUGUAACUGUAUAUGGAUCUAGUUUAGUUGUCCACACCAAAUGAUUUACCGAUUAAAAAAUAUAAAGAACAACCUAAACCAUGUCAUAUAA